AUUUUUCCACCAUGUUCGGAAAGAAGAAGAAAAGGCUUGAAAUUUCUGGGCCCUCUAACUUCGAACAUCGGGUUCACACUGGCUUUGACCACCGGGAGCAGAAGUUCACGGGACUACCUCAGCAGUGGCACAGCUUGCUGGCGGACACGGCGAACAGGCCAAAGCCUAUGGUGGAUCCGUCAUGCAUCACUCCCAUCCAGCUCGCGCCUAUGAAGACUAUUGUUAGAGGAAAUAAGCCUCGAAAGGAUACUUCAAUCAACGGCCUGCUGGAAGAGUUUGACAAUAUCUCAGUGACACGAUCCAAUUCCCUGCGGAAGGAAAGUCCUCCCACCCACCAUGAAGGAAAUGCAAACCAUGUGCCAAGGCACCAGGAGGAAAAUGGUUAUAUCACGUAUUCCCAGUACUCCAGUGAGUCAGACACUACAACAGACUAUGUCAUGGAAAAAUAUCGAGACAAGACUCUUUAUGGGGAAGAGUUAGACAGGUACUACAAAGGGAGCUAUGCCGCCAAGCAGAACGGGCACAUGAUGAAGGUGACUUCCCGGGACAUCUAUUAUUCAGAAGUGACGCCCCUGCAGUCAGACCUCUCCAGGUUCCUCCCAGAUUACCAUGCACACCUGGAGACAAAGCCCAAACCGCUGGAAUACGGCGGCCUAAAGCUGGAGUAUCAGCGGAUCCCCAGUGGAUCCUCCCUGGACUAUAGAGAUCCCUUUCCUUAUGCCCCAUCCCGAGCAUCAGUGCAGAGCGAGUGCCCCAAGGAGAGGCUGGAGUACAGCGACGGCGACUGGGGACAUGGCCUGGGCAAGGACGACUACGACAAGAGGCCAAAGUCAUCGUACGUGGACCCAGCGAGCCCUCAGCCAGCAAUGAGGCAGAGGUCCAGGUCGGGCUCCGGUCUGCAGGAGCCAGCCAUGCCCUACGGAGCAAGCGCUUUUAAAGCACACCAGCAAGGACAUUCCUACAGCUCCUACACCUACCCCCGCUUGUCCGAAACCGCAGCAGGCAUCCCCAAGGUGGAUUAUGAUCGAGCGCAGCUGGUCGUGAGCCCACCGCUCUCUGGAUCGGACACCUACCCCAGGGGCCCAGUAAAGCUACCUCAAAGUCAGAGCAAAGUCAGCUAUUCAAGCAGCAGCUACCAGUACCCUCUGGUCUACCACAAAGCAUCCCACUAUCACCAGCCAUCUCUCCAGCCCAGCUCUCCCUAUAUUUCCACCGCCUCCUACCCCAGCUCCCCAAGUAUCACGUCAAGUGCUUAUCCUCCACCCAGCUGGGGAUCCUCCUCAGACCAGCAGCCCUCCAGGGUGUCCCACGAACAAUUCAGAGCUGCCCUGCAGCUUGUGGUCAGCCCCGGCGACCCCCGGGAGUACUUGGACAACUUCAUCAAGAUCGGGGAGGGCUCCACAGGGAUUGUCUGCAUCGCCACUGAGAAGCACACGGGGAAGCAAGUUGCUGUGAAGAAAAUGGAUCUCAGGAAACAGCAGAGAAGGGAGCUGCUCUUUAAUGAGGUUGUAAUCAUGAGAGAUUACCAUCAUGAAAACGUGGUUGACAUGUACAACAGUUACCUUGUUGGCGAUGAGCUGUGGGUUGUGAUGGAGUUUCUGGAGGGCGGCGCUUUGACAGACAUAGUGACUCACACGAGGAUGAACGAGGAGCAGAUAGCGACCGUCUGCCUGUCCGUCCUGAGAGCCCUGUCCUACCUGCACAACCAAGGCGUCAUCCACCGCGACAUCAAAAGCGACUCCAUCCUUCUCACGAGCGAUGGGAGGAUAAAAUUGUCCGACUUUGGGUUCUGCGCCCAAGUGUCAAAGGAGGUCCCCAGGAGGAAGUCGCUAGUUGGGACGCCGUACUGGAUGGCGCCAGAGGUGAUAUCCCGCCUGCCCUAUGGCACCGAGGUGGAUAUCUGGUCCCUGGGCAUCAUGGUGAUAGAGAUGAUAGACGGCGAACCUCCCUACUUCAACGAGCCGCCGCUGCAGGCCAUGCGCCGAAUCCGGGAUAACUUACCGCCCCGGGUGAAGGACAUGCACAAGGUCUCCUCGGUCCUCCGGGGCUUCUUGGACUCGAUGCUGGUGCGGGAGCCCUCGCAGAGAGCCACAGCACAGGAACUGUUGAGACAUCCAUUUCUCAAACUGGCUGGGCCCCCUUCUUGCAUCGUGCCCCUCAUGAGGCAGCACAGGCAUCGCUGAAGCCGGCGACUUUUCAGGAGGAGGUCGGUGCAGAGUCUGGAUGACGGCCGCGCAGGAAUCCCGGCGGUUGCGUGGGAACCGUGGGCAGGGAUGAGCGAAACCUUGCGGAGGAAAACCAGCCCCGCGGAAAUAAUGCGGUGUAUAAAAACCCAAGGAGGUGCUCUCCGGGGCUGCGAGGGGACCGGGGAGCGAUCCUGGCCACCACCUGGGUGGCCACGCUCUGCCGUGGACCAUCGCUCCCCAGCGCUGUUGUCUUGGCCAUCCAGGCAGAAGGCACCAAAUGCAAACAAGGUUGGAAAGAUAAUUAGUAGAGGAUAGCACAACCAGAGUGAAACACCAGAAUUUUAUUGCAGGCUACAGCACUUCUAUUUCAGAAGAAUACUUUUCUGAUGAAAAAGCACUUUUUAUCUCAGUCAUAGCAGCGCAAUGUAUUUUGCAACAAAUUUGUAAUUUUCUGUACAGUACGUUUUGAUAAUUUGCAGUACUUUGUCAUGUAACUGUUGUGUUAGUUGAAGUAAUAAGUGUAACUUAGCAAGAAUUUGAGAAGAUAAAGUUUCCUACUUUUUUAACCCUUUUGAAAACAGAAACCCCACACACACCUUUAGGAAGUUGGAAGGUUUUGCAGAUUUUCCAUUGGGCUGAGGAGAGCGCUCGUCCUGCUGUCACAGCAGCCUGAAGAGCCAACAAUAACUGAUGCCUGCGGGAGCACUGGCAGUCUGGCUUUGGGCACUCACCCUCU